CUUUCUUCUCUCUAAAAAGGAAAAACAUCUCGUGGUUUUUGUGGGUCUAAUACUCACAAAAUUAAUCCUCCUAUUUCUUUUUUUUGUUCUUGUGGGCGGUGGUCGGCCGGUGAGUCUGGCUGAGUUAGGUGUUGGACUCGGCGGUGGCGGCGGCGGCGGAAGAUUGAAAUUUAAAGGUUGUAUUAUGGGUUUUUGGCAUCAGAUGAUUUUUCCGGUACGGCGGGUUUGGCUCGCCGUUUAUGGCCGUCUAAAAGCUCGUAGAAAUGAUGAAGGACUGUUGAAGCUUCAUGAUGACGUAGAGACUUGUGGAUAUCAAGAUGUAAAGGUUAUGUGGGAAAUCCUAAGGAGAUCAGAAGCUGAAUUAAUAAAUCAUCAUCAAAUGAGGCGCAAACACAAGCCAUUUUGGAAGGCUUUGGUGUGGUCUAACCAUAACUCUAACUCAUCCACUAAUAUACCUAAAAUGACCAAUUUUCCAACUUUUAGCCCUAUUUCAUAGGGAUAAUACAAAGUUCAUGUGUACUACCUCCCCCUCUCAUAAAAUGCCUCAAACAAAUAAAUGUGAAAAUGAUCUCGAAGUUGCUGUAUCUUUUAACUUUGGCACUUUUAGGCCAAAUUGUGUCUAGAGAAAGUGAAUUGUUGUAAAUAGAAAUAAUAACAAUUGCUUCUAAAAGGUUUCCAAGAAAGAAAGAAAAAAAAGCUCAAAUUAAUGCUUGGGAGUUGUGUGAGAAACAAUCCUCUUCUUUUCACUUUUGUUAAAAGGUGCAUGCAUUAUACCAUUUAA